CGGGGACGAGGGGCGGCCGGGAGGUCGCGGUUGUUUUCCUUUCUCUGCUGCGGGGUCGGGGCCGGGCCGGGCCGCCGUUCCAGCUCUCGGGCUGCGCUCCCACCCUGUCGGCCCGAGCCGGGGUCCCUAAGUUUGCGGUGGCGAACGUGGCUGUCGUGCCCCGCCGGGUCCCCUCCUUCGCGGCUUUCCCCGGCGCUGCGCUGCGCGGCUUUGCUCCGCACGUAUUGUUUGGCUGGGUCUCUAAUGGCGGACGGGGAGGCAGCGCUGCCGGUCGCCGACUGCGGGGGGUGGGGGGGCAAACCUCGGGCCCAGGGCAACUGCUUGGGGGCAAAUAUUGGCGAUAUCAGCUCUGCGGUGACGCGAGCCGCCCCUUACCUCCAAAUUUUUGCGGAGAGGCACGGGGAUGACGCUGGGUGGGCAGAUUUAGGAGGGAACACAAAUCCCUUGCUGGCGUCGGGGCAACGUUUGCCCUUCCCCCUCCCAUUUUUAGGAGUAGGCCUUAUGUCUUAAGCCCCUUCCCCUCCCGAUUUCCCCUUUCACAUGGGUUUUGGACCCCAAUACGGAUUUUACGCUGUUUAGUUCCACUUAGGUAGGAGGAGGCUGUCGUAGGUGGGGUGAGGGUAAUAAUAGAAGGGCCGAACCUCCUUGACCUCUUAUUCCCUUCUCUGCCUCCUUCUGGUGGAAAAGGCUUGGCGUUCCCAACCAGGUUGGGUGUUCUUGAUCCAGUUUUCAUUUUUUUUCUCUUAUCCCAGGGCCGGGAAUCACCUUCAGCCCUAUGUGGUGCAUCUUUGGCAGAAAGUGAGGAGGAAUCACCCCUAUUGUUCUUUGGUAUGGACACAAGUUCAGUGGGAACAUUAGAAGUGACUGAUCAGACUUCUGUUUUAUUGGGAAGUACGGCCAUGGCAACUAGUCUCACGAAUGUAGGAAAUUCAUUUAGUGGUCCACCUAAUCCUUUAGUGUCUAGAUCUAGUAAGUUUCAAAAUUCAUCAGUGGAAGACGACGAUGAUGUUGUUUUUAUUGAACCUGUACAACCUCCCCCACCUUCUACACCAGUAGUAGCUGAUCAAAGAACCAUAACAUUUACAUCAUCAAAAAAUGAAGAACUACAUGGAAAUGAUCCCAAAAUUCUUCCUUCCUCAAAAGAGCUGGCUACUCAGAAGGGAAGUGUAAGUGAAACAAUUGUCAUUGAUGAUGAAGAGGACAUGGAAACAAAUCAAGGGCAAGAGAAAAAUUCCUCAAAUUUUAUUGAACGGAGACCUUCUGAUACUAAAAUCAGAAACGAUGUGGAUUUCUCCACUUCCAGUUUUUCAAGAAGUAAGAAUUCCAACUUGGGAGAUGUCUCUAAUGGACUUCAGUCAAAUAAUUUUGGUGUUAAUAUACAAACAUACACCCCAUCUUUAACUACCCAGACCAAGGCUGGAGUAGGACCUUUUAAUCCUGGUAGAAUGAAUGUGGCAGGAGAUGUAUUUCAGAAUGGAGAAUCUGCAUCUCAUCAUAAUCCUGAUUCUUGGAUCUCCCAGUCAGCAUCAUUUCCCCGUAAUCAGAAGCAACCAGGGGUGGAUUCUUUAUCACCAGUGGCCUCGCUUCCUAAACAGAUUUUCCAGCCUUCAGCCCAACAACAACCCACUAAACCUGUUAAGGUUACUUGUGCAAACUGCAAAAAACCUUUACAGAAGGGACAGACAGCUUAUCAACGAAAAGGAUCAGCUCACCUCUUUUGUUCUACCACCUGCCUUUCUUCCUUUUCUCACAAGCCUGCUCCAAAGAAACUCUGUGUUAUGUGUAAAAAAGAUAUAACUACAAUGAAAGGAACCAUUGUUGCUCAAGUGGAUUCAAGUGAAUCCUUCCAGGAAUUCUGUAGUACAUCUUGUUUGUCUCUUUAUGAAGACAAGCAGAAUCCUACUAAAGGAGCUCUAAAUAAAUCAAGAUGUACAAUCUGUGGUAAACUAACAGAGAUUCGCCAUGAAGUUAGUUUUAAAAAUAUGACUCAUAAGCUGUGCAGUGACCACUGCUUUAAUAGAUAUAGAAUGGCCAAUGGUCUAAUAAUGAAUUGCUGUGAACAGUGUGGAGAGUAUUUGCCUAGUAAAGGCGCUGGAAAUAACGUUCUGGUGAUUGAUGGUCAACAGAAGAGAUUUUGCUGUCAAAGUUGUGUCAGUGAAUACAAACAGGUAACUCAUGUACUGAUAAAAACUGCACAAUGGGGGCUGACAGUGGCUCAAGUGGUAGAGCAGCUGCCUAGCAAGUGCAAGAUCCUGAGUUCAAACCCCAGUAUUAAAAAAAAAAAAAAUUGGACAUUUGUUUGAAUGUGUAUAAAAGUGCUGUGAUAGUUUUGCUGUUAGGUAUUUGUUAACCAGAUUUAUCUUAGAAAUCUCACUUAAUUCCAUUAUUGUCUUCAUAUCAUGAAGAUCACCUAUCUAAAAUGAAUAGAAAAAUAUAUGUAGCUAAUGGAAAUAAGCUUAUGAUCUUACAUAUAAUGGUAAAUGCUACUAGUAUGAUUGCCCUUUUGAAUUUUCUGUUUGGAGUUGGAGAGGAGCUACAAAUGUUCUUCAGACUGUUAAAGCUUAGCUUAAGAAAACUUCAUCUUGUUUAUAUUUAAAUUUCAAGGUUAUUUCAAUUUUAAGAUCUUUUGAUUUAGCUCAUUCAUUUAUUCAUU